AUGGAGGCCUCGGAGAAAAAGCCAGGCUUAGACGUCCCGUCAGACCACCACACUGGCGAAACGAGCCUUGUUAGCAAUGACGCCCAGCGCAAAGUUCUAUCCAAGUUCGACAAGUUCGUGAUGCCUCAAAUGGCCAUAUUGGUUCUUUUCGCAUACCUCGACAGGACAAACAUUGGAAAUGCAAGAGUCUUUGGCUUUGAAGAAGAUACGGGAAUGGCAGGAACUCAGUUCAAUGAUGUUUCUAUGUAUUUCUACAUCUCCUACGUCAUUUUCGAAACACCUUGGGUUCUUGCCGUCAAGAAAUUCGGCCCUGGUCGUGUCCUUGCUAUCGCCAUUAUAAGCUGGAGCUGCAUCACUAUUGGUACCGGCUUCGUUCAUAGCUAUGGUCAAGUCAUCGCUUGCCGAGUUCUUCUCGGAUUCUUCGAGGCUGGCUUAUUUCCUUCCCUCACCUUUGUCAUUUCUCAGAUCUACCCGCCUGCGUCACAAGGAAAACGAGUCGCAGUGCUUUACGUCUCGAUUGCGCUUUCGGGAGCCCUAGGCGGACUCAUCGCAUACGGCAUUCAAUCUAUGGGUGCACGACACGGUUUAUCAGCUUGGAGAUGGCUUUUUAUCAUCGAAGGUGUUAUCUCAAUUGUGAUUGGCGCUGCGUGCUGGCUGAGCCUUCCUACAUCCCCAGAAACAGCGUGGUUUCUCAGCUCAGAGGAAAAGACCACCAUGCUUUCUAUCAAGGAGAGCAAUCACCCAUUUAAGGAAACUGAAAAGUUCUCUUGGAAGCAAAUCGCUAUGGCUGUCACGGAUCCCCUUGUUUGGCUUGCGUCUGUCUCAUUGUUCUGCUCCUCCAUUGCGCUUUUCGGCUUCGGCACGUUUCUUCCCACCCUCUUGAAGGGUCUUGACUUCACUUCCCUCCAAGCCAACUACCUUAGUAUUCCCGUCUACGUUUUGGCGUCCAUCCUUACAGGCGUCACGACAUAUGUUUCGGAUCGCCUGAAUCGAAGAGCUGUAUGCCUCAUCCACUCUCCGCUAUUGGUAAUCACUGGCUAUGCCAUUGUGGUUGGUACUGGCCACAAAGCCCUCGGAUUCUUCGCUAUGUUCCUUGUUGGAGGUGGUGUUUACUCUUACAAUACUGUUUUGGUCACUUGGGUAUCCAAUAAUGUGCAACCCGAUUACAAGCGCUCUGUUGCCAUCGCCAUGCUUUUGUCGCUCGCUAACGCGUCUGGAAUGGCUGCUUCGCAAAUCUACCCAAUCAAGGAUGCUCCACGAUACAUUAAGGGUAACGCGAUUUCACUCGGAGGAGAAAUCAUCGCACUCAUUUGCAUUGGACUCAUUUAUGCGCUACUCAAGUAUCGCAUGAGACAGAAAGAGAAGUUGUUGGCGUCGGGCCACGAUACCAACGGGAAGGAAGGUGAUCAAAGCUUGGACUUUAAAUAUGUUUUCUAG